UACAGUGACGUGAGUGCAUGGACGCGACCUGCAGAAUACUGUGCAUGAAAAAUAAACAGUUAAUGAAAAAAACAUCUUCAUAUAAUCAGAAAAUUCACUUUAGCCGAAGCUAUUCUAUGUAAUCAGUAAGUUAAAAUCUAUAAUAGACGACGAAAUUCUGGAGAAGCCUACUACGCGUCAUACAUGUGCUCGGAUUUGACUGGUGGCGGUGGUGUCUGCUGUUGUUUGAAGCACAUCAGGCCAGAGAGACAAGUCCUGAAACGAUGACGACUGAGACCCACGUAAAAGACAUAAAGCCAGGACUUAAGAAUCUCAACGUUAUCUUCAUUGUGCUGGAGACAGGACGUGUGACUAAGACAAAAGAUGGGCAUGAGGUGCGGACUUGCAAAGUGGCAGACAAGACGGGCAGCAUUAGCAUUUCAGUUUGGGACGAGGUUGGAGGCCUGAUCCAGACAGGGGACAUCAUCCGACUCACUAAGGGGUACGCCUCCGUAUUCAAAGGAUGUCUAACGCUUUACACUGGGAGAGGGGGUGAACUGCAGAAGAUUGGAGAGUUUUGUAUGGUCUACUCUGAGGUCCCAAACUUCAGUGAGCCAAACCCUGAGUACCUGGCUCAGGUGAAUAAAACAGCACUCAAUGACCAGGGAAAUGCAAUCAACAACAACAACAGCAGCAGCAGCAGCAGCAGCAGCAACAACAACAGCAACAGUAACAGUGCCCCUGCUAGUACGAGUGUGAACGAGACGACCAAUGGCAAUGGAGUUAGUGCACCAGCUCCCAGCAGUACCUCCACCAAUCCACCGCAGACAGGGCGAGGUGGCAGCAACAGUGGCAGCAGAGGGGCAGCCAAUCAAGGGGCAGGAGGGGCAACCGUUAGCAACGGGAAGGAGACCCGGCGUUCUGCUAAGAGAUGAUUGGCACCAGAGAACAGGAAGGUCCCUCCCCCACUGGAAUACCCAACACAGGGACUGAUUUGAGCCACUAAAGACUGCGUCUCGCAUAGACUCCUGCAUCCGACAGUCAAGAUAGUACCUGCCACAUCACCGCGUUACCUGCGCCCCCUGGGUCCAGCUAUCGCCUGAGCCCAUGCUGGCCUAGGUUGAGCCAGGUGCAAUAGAGCCGCUUUUAGAUCCCAUGCAUCUUGUAUUGAGAGAAUCCAUCUUUCAGCAAAUAAAGUGAUGCCUACAUUGCAAGAACUUAAAACUCACACGAUUGCACUGUAUAAGAAAUAGUUUUUUACCGAUGGCUUCUUUUGAGAGCUCAGACAGAAAUUGUCAUUUAUUUUAUCAGGAAGCAUGCCAAGCAGAUUAUAUGGAGUCCUAAAACUUUUAUGAAGUUUUUCGUACAGGUUUUUAUUGGUGCCCUAUUAUUAAUUGAUAAAUGUGUGCACUACAGUACAUGCUGUAAAAUGUUCAUGACAACUACUCUGAAAUACUAAACUUCAAUUUUGACAUUUUGGAAAUCUCUGCAAACCCAACCAGAGGGAAGGAGGCUACCUUUCUCAGUUCUUAAAAUAUGAAAAUGUGAAAUUCCUCCUCAGCCAGUGGACAAUGUCCCUGUUUCAGCCCCCAGUGCUUUCCUGUUGGGUGAUGACGUUUAACUACAGACCCGAGGAUCAUGUCUAUAAACUAUACGUGCCGUUUGAUGUAAUGUUUUUGUUGUUACUGCACCAUUUGUUCCUUUAUAAAAUAAAUAUUAAUAUCAAAUGUUAAUGUCAGAGCAGGGCUCCAUUCAUACGGUUUUCUGUUCAAAGAAUCUGCAAGUAACAUUUGUUGUGCCAUCAUUUUCUGUUGGAAAAACUUUCAUUAAAACCAUUCUUUCUCAGUG